ACAGGCAGUGUUUCCAAGUAUCAACACUAAGUAUUUUCCAUGAUGAACAAACACACCCACACAAGAAUGUCUUUUUCCUGUUUUUGUCAAAGUAAUUUUUGGCUUGUUACAUCCUAAGCUUCUAAAGUGAUUCUGUAAAGUCAGGUUUAACUUUUACAUAACCUUAAAGUUAUAGUACUCACCCCAACUAUAAAGCUAUUCCUUAGAUUUAAUUUAAAUCCACGUUUUAGUCAUUCAUAAUUCUCACACCUUAGAGUUGUUCUUACUUUGCAGGCCGGCUUGCGCACCCUUCAUGACAUUGGACCAGAAAUUCGCCGAGCCAUAUCAUGUGACCUACAGGAGGAGGGGCUUGUAGAUGGAACGGGAGAGGAAGAAGAGGAGAUUUAUCGGCGCAACGGCGGCCUUUUUGGGAAUCACAUGAACCACGUUGGCAUGGAUCAUCCCCAGCCCACUACCGUCACACAGCGCCCCCUACAGAUCCUGCCCAUCUACUGCACUCCCUCUGCCGCGCCCACUCAGAUUUGCAGGAGAGCCAGCAGCAGCGACAAGGAAGGAGAGACGGAGAUGAACUCCUCACCCAUCCACUACAACCAUCAUCCUUCCCCUCAUCUGUACGAUUACCCUCACUGUAACUCCACCUCCCCUCAGUCCCCGAUACCCUCCAACGCCAACCUCAACAACGCCAACGUGCCCUCGCUUCUCUUGAUGUCCUCUGGGAGGCAGCAGAAGUGUUUAUUGCAGAGGUGCCGCCCGUCUUCAGCAAGAAAUAAGUCAUCGACGUCUUACAGCAGGGGCCUGCAUGACAAGCAGUGGAAGUCCCACUCCACAAGGACGCGCUACUAUGAGGCCUAUAUUAGGUCAAAAAAUGGCGGAGCGCUUCACCCGACCAUUCGCCGAGAGGAGCCAGGUGGCAGGGACAGCGAUGAAGAGCGGGAGUCUGGGGAAUACUUCAGCGGGGAGGAGUUUCACGAAGACGACAUCAUGCUUACCAAGGACAGGUUAUCCAAGUCGGACUUCCACGACGCUGCAGACGGAGAUUUGGACCGUUUCAGGGACGACUGCGAGUCCGAAGGUUACUGUGACGACGACAAGCAGCCGAUAUGCCAGGAGGAUUGGCGGUCGCCCAGGAGAUGGUUUUUGCCAUCCCCCCAAGCCUGCAAUACACCAACAUUCAGCUUUGAGUGUCUUCGCAGAAGAAGUAGCAUAGAUGAAGCUCCUCCAUCUCCGUCAUGCACAGCUCUUCCACUGCACCUGAUGCAGCAGCAGGUGAUGGCGGUAGCCGGUCUGGACGCCACCAGGAUCCCACGUCUGUCUCCCACCAGGUCGCUACGCUCGUGGGCCACGCCUCCCGCCUCCCCCAUCAGCCGUGACUGUGGCCCCUGCUACACUCCACUCAUACAGGUGGACUGGCGCAGCACUGGCAGUGUGGGCAGCAUCCCUGGGGCCGUGAAGAGGAGUUCUUGGUACACCGACUGCCAGGACGGCCUGCCCAGCCACAGCCACUCACCGUCACGGCUGCAGCUACCUGCAGAAAGCAGCUCACACUUCCUGCAAAACAGAGGCAGCGCUAGCAGUCUGGUGGAGGCUGUCCUGAUCUCUGAAGGUCUCGGGAAAUACGCCAGGGACCCCAAGUUUGUGACAGCGGCCAAACACGAGAUCGCAGACGCCUGCGAGUUGACCAUCGACGAGAUGGAGAGCGCUGCCAGCAAUCUGCUGAAUGGCAGCAUGGGUAACGACGAAGUGGCGGGGACGGAAAGCGUCGGCUCCGACUCGCCACACCAGAGGGACUACAGCGACGAGGAGCAGUACGUGGCCGUGAAGUGUGAGGAGGACCUAACGGACGAGAUGAUAUGCAUCACUUCUCUAUAGCAGCGACUCACCGCAGACUCUGUCUAGUUUCAUUGAACGUAUGGGGAAGUCUCAGCAGGCCCUGCGGAGAACAGAAAAUUAGGGAUAAACGUGAGAGCAAAGUGCCUUGUUUUCUUUUGUCUGCUUAGUAGAUUGCAGCUAAAGCAGACACAUGGUUAUAGAAAAACAAACAAAAAAAACUUGCUGUAAUUGAAAUCAGGAGACAUGAAUCUACACGCCAGCUUCCCAGAAGGCAGGCCAGCCGUUAAAAGUUAUGUUGUAUAUCUUAACUGACAUCAGUUGGACAAAACUUCAGAUCUUCAGGAUGACAUAACUCGGCUUUAGUGAGGAUUACACAAGGCCAUAAAUCACAUAGUUUACUACAUGAGGAGCCAACACAACAAAAACAAAUGUGCCACCACUCACCACCUGCACAUGCAAGCAGGCAAAUGAAUUAGACUUCUAUUCUAUUGCUGUGUAAAUAGUUUUAGACGGCGGAGCGUUUCUAAAUCUUUCUGCCUGGUUCACAGUUCAGAUGUCAAAAACUGGUUUUCCAAGGAUUCCUGCAAUUAGUUGCAUUUUAUGUGGAUGAAAUGUGUGAUUUUACCCCUCAUUGGUCAGAACUGAUGAAAACAUAUAUUUUUGUUUGCUUAUCUGAAUUAGAUGGAACCAAAGCAGGAGCAGCUGAGAUGGUGCCUUGUGAAAGUCGCCACGCCUCUUUCACCUUUUCCAUAUUUGGUCACAUUAGAGCCACAUACCUCGGUGUAGUUUACUGUGAUUUUACUAGAUAGACUAACAAAACUGUGCUUAUUUGGAAAAAGGAAGG